AUGCCCCUGUGUGUCUUCCCCUCCAGGCAGGACGGGCCACACUUCAGCUGUCUGUACCCAGAUGGCGUCUUCUACGACCUGGACAGCUGCAAGCACCCCAGCUACCCUGACUCAGAGGGGGCUUCUGACUCCCUGUGGGGCUGGGACCUCAGUCCAGCUGUCCCAGCCGCCUCCUAUGAAGCCUUCAACCCAGCUGUGGCCAACUUUGGCCACCCCCAGGGAGUCCAGCUCUGUUACGGACCCUCGACCUACAGCCCCAUGGGGAGCCUCGACCCGGCCCCCAGCCUAGAGGCCCCAGGGCCCAGCUUCCCAGCGUACCCCACGGAGGAAUUCACCAGCCAGACCGUGGGCCCCCCGGCAUAUGCCCCCUACCCCAGCCCUGUGCUGUCGGAGGAGGAGGAUCUCCUGCUGGACAGUCCCACCCUGGAGGUUUCAGACAGCGAGUCGGACGAGGCCCUCAUGGCUGGCCCCGAGGGGAGGGGAUCUGAGGCAGGGGCCCGCAAGAAGCUCCGCCUGUACCAGUUCCUGCUGGGGCUCCUGACGCGCGGAGACAUGCGCCACUGCGUGUGGUGGGUGGAGCCGGGCGCCGGGGUCUUCCAAUUCUCCUCCAAGGAUGGGAGUGCUGUGUAUGUAGACUUGGGGAGUCUUUGCAUGGUGACGGGGGUCCUCUACAUUUGGGGAUGGGUUCCUCUCCAUGGGGACCGGGGCCGCUUCUCUGAGUGA